ACGGCGCUCAUUUGGACUGAAACGUCUGCUCCGAUCAAGGCCCUAAUCUUUCAAGAUUUUGGAAUCACUCGUUGGCUUUUCUCUGGCAUUACUUGGCAGCAUUUUCGCUCACAAAUCUGGGUUCUUAUGGUUCCGUUAGUCCAGCUUCUAGUCCGCUUCACUUUUACGCAGCCCGGUUUCAUCGGAAGUGUUUAGACUUGGAAGGUUAUUUGUUUAAAUUCAGGGUCUGCAAAGAUGGAUGAUUGGGAGGAUGAGCCUAUUCCAUCCCUUCUUAAGAAGGAACAACCUAAAAGUUCUUGGGAUGACGAGGAUGUAGAAGAAAAUGACAUAAAAGAAUCAUGGGAGGACGAAGAUGAACCUACUUCUGAACCUGCACCAGAUCCUCCUGCUGAGAAGGUUUCCAAAAAGAUUGAAGCGAAGCCUAGUCAAGAAAAGAAAAUAACUGCCAAAGAAGUCGAGCAAGAGCCUCUAGAUCCUGUAGCGGAGAAGCUUCGACAACAGAGGCUCGUGGAAGAAGCUGAUUAUCAGUCCACCACAGAAUUGUUUGGAAAAAGGGGAGAUGAGAAAUCUCUUGAUAAUUUCAUUCCUAAGUCUGAAAAUGAUUUUGUGGAAUAUGCAGAGCUUAUUUCUUAUAAACUCCAUCCAUACGAGAAAAGCUUUCAUUAUAUAGGACUACUAAAGGCAGUGAUGAGGCUGUCAAUGACAACUCUAAAAACAUCUGAUGCAAAAGAAAUUGCCUCUUCUGUCACAGCAAUUGCGAAUGAGAAACUCAAAGCAGAGAAAGAGGCUAAUGCUGGCAAAAAGAAAGGUACAAAGAAGAAACAACUUCACGUUGAUAAAGCAGAAGAUGACAUUGUUGUUGAUACCUACGAUGGUGCGGACGACUAUGAUUUCAUGUGAGCACUGCUGUAACUCCAUUUGGGGGUUUUCUUUUCAUUCUUUUUUGCCCCCCUUAUAUUAUCUUCUUGAAGAUGUAAAUCAGGAGUCUAGAAGUUGAAUAUACUACAGACAAGUAUCUUCCCGGCUUAAGUUGUUGAGAUUGAUUCGGCUGUGAUGAUAUGCAGUAUGUCUGAUAAAAAGAGAGGGUUUUGCAUUUCUCAUUUUUUAUUGAAGGGGACUAAAGCCCUUGACUUUGGAAGUUUCUCCUUUUAUCGCCUUUUGUUU